GAGCGGCGUGUGGUGCUCGGCGUGUUUGAGCCGUGAGUUGACCUUCGACCUGUGUUGAUGAUUUGGAGUAGGAGGGGGAGAGGUGCUGAUGGGAAUGCAGAUACUUCAAGGUCGUCCGUCGGUUGAUCCUGACGUACAAUCUCGAGCCGGCCGGAUCGCACGGCGUGUGGGGAUUGGACGACCACUCGUUUCUGCCCUACAUCUUCGGCUCGGCCCAGUUCACUCGGCCCAUCACCGAGGCGGAGCCCAUGCCGCUGGAGGGCUCGGUGCCCGGCGCCCCGCGGCCGUCGGACGUGACCAAGCCCGCGCAGGUCGAGCUCUACCGCGGCUCGAACAUGUACUUCUCGGCCAUCGGCUUCAUCAACGACGUCAAGAAGGGCCCGUUCUGGGAGCACUCCCCCAUCCUGUUCGACGUCUCCGGCAUCAAGGACGGUUGGGGCAAGAUCAACAAGGGCAUGAUCAAGAUGUUCAACGCCGAGGUGCUCUCCAAGUUCCCCGUCGUGCAGCACUUCCCGUUCGGGUCGCUCUUCUCCUGGGACCUCGAUCCGGAGGCAGCAGCGCCAGCGACGUCUGUGCAUGUGGCGACCUAUGGGCAGGCGACAACAUCAAACGUCCCUGCGGCUGGGAGCGGUUCCGGUACAGCGGCGCCGUGGGCGCAGGCGACCAGAAUGCCUGGCAGACCGGCUGGCGUGCCUCCAGGUCCCGGAAUCCCGUACUCGAGGGCGCCGUGGGCUGGGACGGGGAGCUCGGGGCCUACGAUGCCCAGGGGCGGGGUCCCUGAUACUGGGCCGCCACCUCCGGCCUCGUUUCCCAGGGGCACACCGGGAACAGCAAGCAACCAGUUUUCUGUGACGAAGGCGCCAUGGGCGAGCAGUUGAUUAGCACGUUCCCUCCGUGCUCGAUGGGAAGUUGGGCGUCAGUCGAUUGUAGAGGUCCAGGAAAGCGACAUCCGUCUCAUACAUGAU